AUGCCUCGUGGUCACAAGAGUAAGCUCCGUGCUCGUGAGAAACGCCGCCAAAACAGACCUGAAACCCAAAGUCUUAAGAGUGCUCAGGCAGCUACUGGAGAGGAAGAAGAGGCCACUUGCUCUUCCUCUUCUGUUCUGGCAGAUGCUGCCUCCAGCUCUGCUGGUGCUGGUCCUCUCCAGGCAUCUCUGAGUGACCCAGCCACCACCAGUGCUGCUGCAGGUGUUUCAAGUGAAAGAUGCCCUGGAAAAGCCAAGGGCCAUGGUAGUAAAAGUAAACAUUCAUCUGGGGCUUCAGCUUCCACUGGGAUCCCUGGCAAAGAUCUUCUAAAUAAGAAGGCUACACAGUUAGUAGAGUACCUGAUAUAUCAGUAUCAAAUGAAGGAGCCCAUUAGAAAAGCAGACAUGCUGAAGAUAGUCCACAAAUGGUGCAGGAAGGACUUCCCUGAGAUUCUCAGGAAGGCCUCUGAGCACAUAAAUCUGUUCUUUGGCCUAGAAUUGCAAGAAGUCAAGCCCAGUGGUAACUAUUACAUACUUGUAGACAGUCAGGGUGACACCAGCUAUGGGGAUCUGAGCAGAGGCUGGAGAUUUCCUAUAAAAGGGAUUCUGAUGCCUCUCCUAAGUAUGAUCUUCCUGAAUGACAACUGUGCCUCUGAGGAGGAGAUAUGGGGAUUCCUGAAUAAUUUGGGCAUCUAUGAUGGAAAGAGUCACUUCAUUUUUGGAGAGCCUAGGAAGCUUAUCACCCAAGAUUUGGUGCAGGAAGAAUACCUGGUGUACCAGCAGGUAGGAAACAGUGAUCCUCCAUCCUAUGAGUUCCUUUGGGGUCCAAGAGCCCACACUGAGAGCGGCAAGAUGAAGGUUUUACAGUUUUUGGCCAAGCUCAAUGAUAGUGAACCCACAGCUUUCACAGGUUAUUAUGAAGAGGCUUUGAAAGAUGAGGAUGAGAGAUUCCAAGCUGCACCCAGACCUAGCAGUCCUUCCAAGACCAGUGGGCACCCCAGAGCCACAUCCAGUCACUGCUCUCCCCCUGAGUGA